AUGAGUAGCAAAGUGUUCCGUAACCUUCGUCGUUGCAUGAGCUACCAGCAAAAUGCGGAGCUCCGUGAAAAGCAUCUUUUCCCCUGUAUGACCGCGCACUUUGCUGAGCCUGUUUUGAUUGAGCGAGGAGAGAUGCAGUAUUUAUACGACCACACUGGCAAGAAAUACCUCGAUCUCUUCGCUGGCAUCGUGACCGUCUCAGUCGGACACUGCCACCCGCGCGUCAACAAAGUCCUCAAAGAACAAAUCGACCAGCUCUGGCACACGACACAAAUCUACUGGUACCCACAAAUCCAUGAAUACGCCAAGAAGCUGGCCGACAAGUUCCCCGACGGACUCGACCAAGUCUACUUUGUAAAUUCUGGAUCAGAAGCAAACGACUUGGCGAUGAUGUUGGCCAGAUUGCACACCGGCAAAUUUAACAUUGUCGCGCUGCAAAACGCUUACCAUGGCGCUUCUCCUUACGCAAGACAGCUCACCUCCCAUGGAUCCUGGAAGUACAACCUUCACGGCAUUGGUGGAGUCCAUCACGUUCCUCACCCAUGUACUUACGCUGGCGACCAUGGCGACAACUGCCAAGCUUAUUUGAAGAAUUUCAAUGACGUUAUCGACCUCAAUAUCGGUGACAACCUCGCUGGUUUUUGGGCUGAACCUAUUCAAGGCGUCGGUGGAUCGAACAUGUAUCCAAAGGGCUACCUCAAGGGCGUUUAUGAAAAGGUUCGAUCAAUGGGCGGCAUUUGCGUUGCUGACGAAGUUCAAACUGGCUUCGGUCGCUGCGGAACGCACUACUGGGGAUAUGAAACCCACGAUGUUGUUCCAGACAUGGUUGUGAUGGCCAAGGGAAUUGGAAAUGGAUUCCCAAUGGCUGCAGUUGUCACAACUAAAGAAAUAGCUUCUAAUAUGUCCAAGGCUCUUCACUUCAAUACUUUCGGAGGCAACCCAAUGGCUUGCCGAGUUGGUAUGGAAGUGCUGGAUGUCAUCGACGAUGAAAAGCUCCAAGAAAAUAGCCACGUUGUUGGAACAUAUUUCCUUGAAAGAAUGAGAAAACUUAUGGACAAAUAUGACUUUAUCGGCGACGUCAGGGGAAUGGGCCUUAUGCUCGGCUUCGAAAUGAGCGAGAACCGAGACCCGACGAAGCCUCUUGCCGCUGCCCAAGUCAACAAGAUCUGGAAUGAGUGCAAGGACCAGGGUGUUUUGUUCGGCAAGGGAGGCGCUUACGGACAAACUUUCCGUGUGAAGCCGCCAAUGUGCGUUAACAAAGAAGACAUUGAUUUUGCUGUCGACGUGUUUGACCAUGCGUGUUCCAAGAUUGAGUGA